AUGUGUCACAAAAGCGAGCAGGCAAAACUGGAAUCUCGCGAGGGAAAAUGGGAAAAGUACCACAUAACGAGAAGGAGAGCAGUGUCCGCAAAAGAUAUAGAACACUUUUAUCUUAUCAAAGGCAAGCUUGGAAAAACGUUAAGCAGCACAGGAGCUAUGAACGACGGCGAACGUACGUUAAAGAUAUGUCGUCCACCACCACAUGGAACAGCUCUCAUCAACAUUUUUACUGUGAAGAGAUCAGUGCCACUUAUCACAGCAAAGGAAGAAUGGUUUGCGACAACAAGGACAAAGAACAGCAAGACUACCGGUCCAAAUGACUUACCAAGCUAG